CUCUGACUUGUGCAUUUGGUAACAUCAACAACAUGUGUGGCCUGAAAAAAACGGACAUCUCCUGGCUUUCGUAGACCAAAAGGAAAACGGAACAACCUUAUCACUGGUUCUUGUUGUAUAAAGCUUUUCUUCAAAAUAUUCAGCUUACCGAUUUAGGAGGAAAUGGAUCUUACUGCCAAACAUGGGCAGGUGCUCCUUGAACAGCUGAGGAAGAUGAGAGAGGUUGAGCAUCUGACGGAUGUAGUGCUGGUUGCUGAGGGCAUCAGCUUCCCCUGCCACAGAGUUCUUCUGUCCGCCUUCAGCCCAUACUUCCGUGUAAUGUUCACAUGUGGUUUGCGUGAGUGCAGUAACAGAGAAAUAUUCCUACGUGACACCCCUGCAGACAGCCUGGCCCUGCUCCUGAACUACAUGUACACUUCAGAACUUCCUCUUACUAAUGACAAUGUGCAAGGUGUAUCAAUUGCAGCUUUUCUCCUGCAGAUGGAUGAUGUUUUUGCACGUUGUCGGCAGCAUAUGACAGAGAACAUGGACUCUUCCAACUGUCUUGGCGUGUAUUACUUUGCCCGUGACCUUGGUGCAGAGGAGCUGGCUGAUCAUGCUCAGCGCUUCUUGAGACAAAACUUUGUCCAAGUCUGCCGGAGUGAGGAAAUUCUGGAGCUGGAGGCCCACCAGCUUGGAAAGCUUCUAAGCUGUGAUGAUCUCAAUGUGACAAGAGAAGAAACCAUCUUAGAUGUUGUUCUUCACUGGGUCAAACACAACCCUCUGAUGGAUGGGGAGGUCCGUAUUCGACAUCUACCAGAGCUCCUGAGAAAGGUCCGUCUCCCGCUGAUAAAUCCUGACUACUUAAGAGAGGCAAUGAAGAGGAACACAGCCCUCUUGGCUGAUGCGGAAUGUCUGGAAAUGAUGAAUCAAGCUCUGGAGGCGGUGAUCAUGCAUCCUUCAGCUGCACCACGUAAACUCAAGCUGAGGUACGGAAUGGAAACUACAGAUCUGCUGCUCUGUGUUGGUAAUGAUGGCGGAGGGAUCAGGUCAAGGUACGCCAACUACACGGAGCGCAGCUUUUGUUUUGCACCGGCCACGGGCCGAGCCUACUACAUCACCUCCCCUCGCUAUGGAGAUGCUCUGGGAUAUGUGUGCGCAGGAGUUGUGACUGAAAGAAACGACAUCAUUGUAGCAGGAGAGGCAAGUGCACGGAGAAUGGCCCGACAGAAAGAUGUGAACGUUGAGAUCUACAGGUAUAAAGUGGAAGCCCAGGGUAGCUGGGAACACUUAACAUCAGCAGAGUAUAGGGACUCCUACGCCCUGGGGUCUAUAGGAGACACUCUAUACCUCUUGGGGGGACAGAUGAAGCUGAAGAACCAGUUUCUCAUCACAAAUUGUGUGGAGCGUUGGUCUUUGCAGGGAGGACCUUGGCGGAGUGCAGCACCUCUGCCUUUGCCUUUGGCCUAUCACUGUGUGGUCACAGUAAAAGACUGCCUUUAUGUAUUGGGUGGUCGCACCCCACAGUCGUAUCGCAUGGACGAUGAGCCGGACCGUCUCAGUAACCGCCUCCUGGAAUACAAUCCAAACACGAACAAAUGGACAGAGCUUGCUCCAAUGAAAUACUCCAAGUACCGCUGCAGUGCUUUGGUGCUGAAUGGGGAAAUUUUUGUUAUGGGAGGGAUAGGAUGUGAGGGAAUGGACCGUGGACAGUCACGUCAUUGUCUGAGUGCUGUGGAGAUCUACAACCCAGAUGGAGAUUACUGGAGGGAGGGACCACCUCUCCCAUGUCCCCAGCUCUCACUUCGUACUAAUGCCUCUAAUGCAGGGGUCGUGGGAGGGAAGAUUUAUGUCUGUGGAUAUUACAAAGGAGCAGAUCGUCAUGAUGACAUAACUAAGGACAUUUUGGAGCUUGAUCCAUGGGAAAACCGUUGGACAGUGGUGACCCGGCACGCAGUGAUGCAUGACAACUACGAUGUCUGCUUGGUCGCAAGUCUCAACCCAAGGGGACUAAUAUCCCCACCCUCUGACUUAAUGAAUCUGUGAUCAUCAGCUGUCAGUCAGACCAGUUUGGGUGAGGAAAGUGAAACAUUAAUGCACUUAUUGACCGGUUAAUGUCUUCUUAUCAGGCAGAAAAUGUCUUGCGUUCUUCCUGGAGGUAUGUACUUAAUGGAGUCAAUGCACUUUUGUAGGCAGAAACUUCAUUUCUGAAUACUGUUGUGUGGGUGUGUUGCACCUGCAGAGAUUAUUUCCUGAAUAUUGCCUAGUUUAUAUUAGACCAGCCUGCUUUUGGAAAUAUAAAAGUGAUUCCAUUUGCAUGCAUCAUUAAUAAUAAUGACAUUGAUUUAUUAGUUAUCAUAUAAGACAAACUUGGAUUGAAAAUUCUCCAGAUUAAAUGCCCUUACGUCUUUAAUGACUAAGAAAAGAAAAGAAA